AUGGAUGUUGUCAUCAGGCAAAUCAUUCACGAAAUUAAGCAAGAUAUCAUAGAAGCAUUCGAGGUGAAACUGGAUGAUACUCUAUUAACUACUUCCCCCGUGUGCGGAACUGCAGAAGCGUGUGGUCAGCCGCAAAUGCGGCGAGAUGAGGGAAAGUCAGAAGUCGUAGGUGCAGGUGCUUUAUCGCACAUACGGGACCGCAUGGGCGGUUGGUUAGACCGCAGAAGCGAGGAAAUGGCCGCAUGUGCGGAAACCCUGGGCCAGAACCUAUAUAAGAGUUGUAUCUAUAUUCAAACUGCAAAUCAUAAUCUUUACUCUAAUGUGGAUAUCCUUCAGUGUGGAGUAUUUACACUCUGUUUUAAGUUUUUCUAUGUCUAUAAACAAAUUACUGACGCAAUUGAUGCAACAGUGGACUUUGUGGUUGAUGAUCACAUAAUAGGCGAGGUGGAAGAGGGCACGGUGGUGGAAGUUAGGGCAGUAGAUGAAAAUGCAGUUGGAGGAAGUUCCAGUGAGGAGGCACUUCACGACGUGCAUGAUGUCAAGGUAGAUGAAGACCUUUCUGAUAGGGAGGUCGUUCCAUUAGAAGAAUCACAAUCACUAGGUAAUUCAACUUCAGAUGAACCUUAUGUUGGCCAGGAGUUUGAAUCUGAAGCAGCAGCACAUGCAUUUUAUAAUACAUAUGCAACAAGAGUGGGGUUCAUAAUCCGGGUUAGCAAGCUUUCGCGAUCUAGGCGCGAUGGCUCUGCUAUUGGUCGAGCACUAGUUUGCAACAAGGAGGGCUUUAGAAUGCCUGAUAAGCGGGAAAAGAUAGUGCGACAAAGAGCAGAGACUAGGGUUGGUUGCAGAGCGAUGAUAUUAGUUAGAAAAGUAAACUCUGGGAAGUGGGUUGUCACAAAAUUUGUCAAGGAGCACACUCAUCCAUUAAGCCCAGGCAAAGGUCGUAGGGACUUGAUCUAUGAUCAAUAUCCGAAUGAGCAUGACAAAAUCCGGGAGCUAUCACAACAACUGGCAGCUGAGAAAAAGAGAUCAGCAACAUAUAAGAGGCAUUUGGAAAUGAUAUUCGAGCACAUUGAGGAGCACAACCAAUCUCUGUCCAAGAAGAUCCAAGAUAUUGUACACAAUGUAAGGGAGAUGGAGUCUAGAGAUCAACACCAUCAUAGAUAGUUUUAGCAUGAUUUGCCUUUGUUGAUAUUAGAGUAGAGAAAUAGCAGAGUGUAGAACCUAAGUUAAGUAAAGAUCAUAAUGACUUCUAUCUUGGCUUACCUUUUUCCCACCUCUUAUUCUUUGAGAAGAUCAUGAAAUUAUGAAAUCAGUUCAUAUCUUGUUUUCACUUUUUUUCUUUUCCAUUUUCCUUUUUGGGUAGAAUUGUGGGAUUGUAGCCUUGUAGGAGCAAUAGGUACAGAAUGUCUCUUUCUGGUGCAACCAUUGUAACAUUCUUUUGGAGGUUAGAUGUCCUGUGAACGAACCUUUUUCCUUUUUGUAAAAUUUUCAAGUCCAUUUCAUGUAGAUUCAGUAAACUUAUUUCA